GGUUUACAGUGUUUGUCACGAAAAGUUAAACUUGUUCCUAAACAUGCCCUAGUCUUACCCUUUCCUGCCUGCGAAGAAGGAAGUGUUACCUCACUGGCUGCGGCUGGUUUUAUGACAGAAUGUUUUCGGGGCACCUUGUGAGUCUCUGUUUGUGUACCGUUGUGCCCAGCUUGGCUCCCAGAUGGCCAAUUCCCUGAACGGCCGGAACCCUCGCAAGGGGCGGAUUCUGGGUUUCAUUGAUGCCAUUCAGGAUGCUGUGGGCCCCCCCAAGCAGGCAGCUGCCGACCGCAGGACUGUGGAGAAGACCUGGAAGCUUAUGGAUAAAGUGGUAAGACUGUGCCAAAAUCCAAAGCUUCAACUGAAAAACAGCCCGCCUUACAUACUUGACAUUUUACCAGACACUUAUCAACAUUUGAGACUUAUACUGAGCAAAUACGAUGACAACCAGAAACUUGCACAACUCAGUGAGAAUGAAUAUUUUAAAAUCUACAUUGACAGUCUUAUGAAAAAAUCAAAACGGGCUAUAAGACUUUUCAAAGAAGGAAAAGAGAGAAUGUAUGAGGAGCAGUCACAGGAUAGGAGAAACCUAACAAAGCUGUCCCUCAUCUUCAGCCACAUGCUAGCAGAAAUCAAGGCUAUUUUUCCAAAUGGCCAGUUUCAGGGUGAUAACUUCCGUAUUACAAAAGCAGAUGCUGCAGAUUUCUGGAGAAAAUUCUUUGGAGACAAAACUAUAGUUCCAUGGAAGCUGUUCAGGCAGUGCCUUCAUGAAGUUCAUCAAAUAAGCUCUGGUUUGGAAGCAAUGGCCCUUAAGUCUACUAUUGACUUGACCUGCAAUGAUUACAUUUCAAUUUUUGAAUUUGAUAUCUUCACUAGACUAUUUCAGCCUUGGGGUUCAAUCUUACGGAACUGGAAAUAUAGCACUAAGCCUGGGAGCUACAUUUUCAGACUGAGUUGCACUCGCCUAGGACAGUGGGCCAUUGGAUAUGUGACUGGUGAUGGGAACAUUUUGCAAACCAUACCUCACAAUAAGCCUCUGUUUCAAGCUUUGAUUGAUGGCAGCCGGGAAGGAUUCUAUUUGUUCCCAGAUGGACGAAGUUAUAACCCAGAUUUGACCGGGUUAUGUGAGCCCACACCACACGAUCACAUAAAAGUCACACAGGAGCAGUACGAAUUGUACUGUGAAAUGGGUUCUACUUUUCAGCUCUGUAAAAUCUGUGCAGAAAAUGAUAAGGAUGUGAAGAUUGAGCCUUGUGGACACCUCAUGUGCACUUCUUGUCUUACAGCAUGGCAGGAAUCUGAUGGCCAAGGCUGUCCUUUCUGCCGAUGUGAAAUCAAAGGAACUGAACCAAUUAUUGUGGAUCCAUUUGAUCCAAGGGAUGAAAACUCCAGGUGCUGCAGUAUUAUUGAUAGCUUUAGUAUGCCCAUGUUGGACUUGGAUGACGAUGAUGAUAGAGAAGAAUCUUUAAUGAUGAAUCGUUUGGCUUCUGUCCGAAAGUGCAAUGAGAGACAGAAUUCUCCAGUGACAUCUCCAGGAUCUUCCCCGCUUGCACAGAGAAGAAAACCACUUCCAGACCCCCUGCAAAUCCCACAUCUUAGUCUUCCACCUGUACCUCCUCGUCUGGAUCUUAUUCAGAAGGGAGUAGCACGAUCGCCAUGCGCCAGCCCAACGGGAUCACCAAAGUCUUCUCCUUGUAUGGUGAGGAAACAAGACAAACCUUUGCCAGCACCACCGCCACCCUUGAGAGAUCCUCCACCGCCUCCCCCGGAGAGACCCCCUCCAAUUCCACCGGACAACAGACUAAGCAGACAUCUGCAUCAUCUAGAAAGCGUGCCUUCCAGAGACCAGCCAAUGCCCCUUGAGGGCUGGUGCCCCAGAGACGUAUUUGGGACAAGUCAGUUAGUAGGAUGUCGAAUAGGGAGUGAUGCUUCCCCCAAACCAGGACUGACAGCAAUUUCAAACAUAAAUGGAAGGCAUAACCGCAUAAGUUCUGAGCCAGGAUUUAUGAGAAAACACAGACGUCAUGAAUUGCCUGCAGAAAGUGCCAAGGUAUUUUCAAAUGGUCAUCUGGUAAAUGAAGAAUAUGAUGUCCCUCCACGGCUUUCACCCCCUCUUCCAGCUGCCUCCAUCAUCCCUAGUAUAAAGUGCCCUGUUCCUCUAGCAAACUCACUGUCUGAUAAGUUGAGAGACCACACAGAUGAUGAUGAUGAUGAGUACAAAGUUCCUUCUUCCCAUCCUGUAACACUGAGCUCACAACCACCUCAUUGUCAUAACGUAAAACCUCUUGCUCGGGUGUGUGAGAACGGUCAGUGCGCUGGAAUAACGAAUGGAACACACAGUGCUACUUCUGAGAUGAAGAAAUCAAAACAUCCAGAGUUAGGAGAUGUCUAUGACGCACCUACUGUUCCGGUACCUUUGCCACCUGCACGACCUCCUACCAGAGACAACCCAAAACACAGCUCUUUGCUCAACAGGACACCCUCCGAUUAUGAUCUUCUGGUGCCCCCUUUAGGUGAAGAUACAUUUGAUAGCUCACCACCUUUGCUUCCUCCUCCACCACCACCACCUGCUCGUCAGAGCAUCGUUGAGCACACAAAACCUGCUGGUUCAGGAAGUCGACCUCCUUCAGGACAUGAGCUGUUCCUUCAUCCUCCUGAUCCCCAUUUUGAUCCGAUAACUGGUCCUGUCCCUUUGCCACCUGCUCGCAGAGUAACUGGAGAAAACAUCAAAGCAAAUCGGACAUCUCAAGACUAUGAUCAACUUCCUUCCUUACCUUCUUCAGAUGGUUCACAAGCACCAGCCAGGCCCCCUAAACCACUUCCUCGGAGGACUGCACCAGAACUGCACCACAGGAAAGCGUACAGCUCUGACAAUUCCACGGAAAAUGUGGAUGCAAAAAUUGCAAAACUUAUGGGAGAGGGCUAUUCCUUUGAAGAAGUCAAGAGGGCACUUGAAAUAGCCCAGAAUAAUGUUGAUGUGGCCCGUAGUAUUUUAAGAGAGUUUGUCUGCUUUCCUCCACCAGUCUCCCCACGUCUCAAUCUAUAGCAGCAUGAAGAUUUUCUAGGAGCAUGUGAAUUCUACAUAUACGUGUGCGGAUUGGGGAAUGAGAGAAAGAAGAGAAAGGGAAUGUUUUUCUCUCAUCGUUAAUAGGAGGGUAUCUAUUUCCAGCAGUUUAUCAAAGAAUCAUGGCUGCUCUGAUCAAGACUUAUAAAUAUGCUGAGGCUUAUGUAUUUUUGCUAGCCAUACUUUUUUAAAUCAGGGUUGAACUGACAAAAUAAUUUAAAGAAGUUUACUUCCCUAGAACUUUUAAUCUGUGAAAUGCUUUUUCUUGUUUACAAGUUGGCAAGUUACAGUUUUCUAGAUGACGCCUGUACUGUGUUUCUGUUCAUAUUCCCUUGUACUUAUGGUCAGUUCUGCUGUAGCAUUCACAACAAUUUCCAUGCUGACCACCCCAUCAACUAAAUCAUCACUUUCUAGAAGCUCUGUAUCUGUUUUUUUUUUUUUUCUCUUACAAGAUGCUUUGUUUUUUGCGUUUCAGCUCAUCAAACAAAUGCAAAAAG